AUGAGCCAACGACAAAUGAAUGCCAGCCCAAUUCAAUCCUCGCAAAUCAAGUCGCCACCGUAUAGCUUGGCCCUGCUCGAACAAUGUCCACGAGUUCCUAUUCCCGCCGAGCUACAACCUAAAGGACCCCUCCAUCCACUCAAAUAUCUUAUCCGCAAACAAUUCCGACGAAAUGCAUGGGAGCGCAGUUCAAAGAUUAUUGUCGCUGCACUGAAAACGGGCUAUGAGACGGAGAAGCUUCUUCGCACAGCUGGCGACGGUGACCUAGACUCAAGAAACCAGAUCUACGAAUUAUUACGCUACCGUAAAAAUGUAGCUGCCACCUCUGCGCAGCUUCCUCAACCUCCCAAACUCAAGAUUCGCUAUCCAGAAGCCAUUCCCGGUGUCCCCAAACUGCUCGAUGUCCGUCCUUUGCCAUUCGAAAAACUCUCUGGGCCUCGUCAUGUCCCUAUAUUUGCGAGAGCAAUGGCAUCAAAUUUUCUACGAAUACAAAAACCGCAAAGUCCAUAUCUGAGUCGGGUUCUACGGGAUAAAAUAGAAACGAGACAAAAGCGGAUAGAUCACCGCCUCAGAAUCGAGCUUUUGGAGGAGAUAGCGAUUGCAGAGAAUAUUUGGGAAGACAUAGUUGAAGAUCAAUUGGAAAAGGAGGGUUUGAGUGUUGACAAUUGGAACAAGAAACAACCAGGAUUAGGCUGGGGAGUGGGAGAUUGGGAGAAGGACUUGCAAUUCGCCGACGAUUCUUUGAAGUGUCUGCUGUCGGCAGAUGCGCUGAAGGUAGUUGAAAUGUCUAAAUUACAACUGGAAAUAGUGGAUCAGGAGAAAGAACUCUGGAGGCAGGAGAGGGGCCAAAGGAGGCAUGAUAAGAAACUGGCCAAACUAGAGAAGAAAUGCCAGGCCGGGCAUGAGAUGACCACUGGUUCAGAAAUUUGA